AUGACCUGGGUCGGCGCAGGUAAAUACUACGAAGUCGAACCCGACGGGCUUAAGAUGAAGACGGUGGUAGGCGGCAACGGCAAAUACUUCUUCACGCCUUCUCAGCUGCGCGAAGCAUACCCCGCCAUCGCUGAGGAAGCCAUCGCAUACACGGCAACGGGACCUCGGGGCGACUAUUGCCAGGUCGUCAUCGAUCAAGUGCACGACAAUAUAGUGCGGCUCCGCGGACGCUACGGCGACAAUGGCGGACACGGAUGCAAGCUCCUGCACGGCAAGACACUGGGGUGGGACAGAAAGGAUUGGGGCCGGCAGUACCUCCACCUCAAUGGGCCACUUACGGUGGUGUCCAUCCCGGCGCCCCGAGACGAGCGGGGGAAGCUGCUGAGUAAUGAGGAGCUGCAGGAGAGACACAGGAUGGCAAUGGCGGAGGGAAAGCCCCUCCGAUGGAAGAAGGUCUGGGUUAGCGAGAAUGAGCCCCAGUACCGCAUCGACGACGGAAAGGAUGACCGGACCAGUAGAGCAUAA